AUGAACUUGGAGAAUGAAUCUACUACUAAUUCUCAUGCAAACACAAAAGCAAAUCCAUACACUCACAAUCACAAGAAAAAAACAGGAAGAAAGAAAUUCAAGCAAACAAGGCACCCAAUUUAUAGAGGAAUUCGUCAAAGAAAUGGAAAAAAAUGGGUGUCUGAAAUUCGUGAACCAAACAAGAAAAAAUCAAGAAUAUGGCUUGGAACUUACGCUACACCUGAAAUGGCAGCUAUCGCACAUGAUAUAGCUGUCCUAGCAUUUAAGGGCACUUCAGCAAUAUUCAAUUUUCCUAAUUCUAUUUCUCUUCUUCCAGUUUUGAAAUCAACUUCAGCUAAAGAUAUAAGAGAAGCUGCAAAGACUUUUACAAACACUAGAGAUGAGACUAAGUCUUGUUUGGUGGAAUGUAAGAGCCAAGAAAGUGUUUUUAAGGGUGAUAAUAUUGAGAUUAUGAAUAAUGAUAUUGAUGAGUCUAAAACAAUGUUUUUUGAUGAGGAGGUUUUGUUUAAUAUGCCUUGUUUUUUAGAUAAUAUGGCUGAGGGUUUGCUUAUUACACCACCCUCUAUGAAGAGUGCAUUGGAUUGGGACAAUCUUGAUUGUGAAAUGGAUUUGACAUUGUGGGCAGAUUGA